AUGGUGCUGGACAAGGCUUGGCUGGCACAGUCCACUGCCCAGCUCCGGAGGGAGGAUGCCAAGUUCGGCAAGAAGCACAUCAGUUUCGACGCCAUUCUACUCCGUGCCUUCAAUGCUCUGGCCACCUACGUGCUGGCGGAGAGUGAUGAGUCGCGCAAAGAGAGCGACCUGAAGCGAGCGGAGAUGCUGUUUACCGCAGCGCUGAAGUACAAUAAGUCCUCGCCCCGCGCGCGCUUCGGCAAAGCUGUGCUGCUGGCAACCAAGGGCGACUGGCAUCGAGCUUUGGAUUGCUUCCGCGAGGUGCUGAUGCGAGCAGCGCCGCACAAGCCUGAGAGCGGCGUGGAGCUCCAGGCCCUAAAGAGCCUCCGCUUUGCCCUGGCCACCUGCUUCUCAGGCCUUGGCCGGGUGGAGAAGGCCAAGAGGGCCUUGCUGGCGGUGUGUGCCGCGGGGGAUGAUGUGGAGGCCUUGUGCGCCUUGGCGUACCUGGAGGCCCGGGAGAAGCCCGGAGGCAGAGAGGCAGUGCAGUUCAUGCGCAAGGCCAUGGAGCUGGACCCGGAGAACCCGGUGGUGCUGUGCCAGGCGGCGAACCACGCCUUUCUGGUGGGCUUGGACCAGAGCGGCGCUCCACGCCUGGAGAACGGCGAGGUCCCGCCGAGCUGGAAGAUGGCCAGGAGCUUCCUGGAACAGGCCUUGGAGAAGUGCGAGAAUGAGGAGCUUGCCUCCGAAGCGCGCUAUCAGCUUGGCCGGAUGGCGCAUGCGAAAGGAGAUUUUAAUCUCGCCAUCAACGAGUACAAGCAGUGCCUGGAGAGCUUUCCCAACCACCUGGCAGGCAUCUACGCCCUGGCGCAGGUGAUGGUGCGGCAGCGGCUCUUCUCGCAGGCCAUCAAGGUACUGGAGAGGGCCCCGAGCCACUUGCAGGAGCAAAAGGAGGUGCUGAAGCUUCUGACCUCAGCCUAUCUCGCCACGGAGCACUACAUGCAGGCUCGGAAGAGCGCGGACGCCCUAGUGAAAUUGUCGCCCGUGGAUGUGGCGGCGUGGUCUAUGAAGUCGGAGGCCUACGCACGCAGCGGCGAUCACAAGGAGGCGCUGACUGGCUACGAGCGCAUGGCACAGCUGCUGGAGCAAGACACAUCGCUACAGGCCAGCGUGACGCCACAGAUGUGGAACAACCUGGGCACCAACCUGGCCCUGUAUGGUGACCCAGGGCAGGCGCGCUGGGCCUUCGAGUGUGGCACGCAGCAGUUGGAGGAGCGAUUGGCGCGGGUCAGCAACCGCCAGGAGGAGAAGGACUUGCACGUGGUGCGGCUUACUUUGAAGUUCAAUCGCGCCUGGCUGUCGGAGACGCACCCUGCGCAGCCGGACAUCGCUGAGGCCAUGUCUGAGUAUUUGUCCCUGGCGGAGGAGCACGAGUGGUUUGCUGACGCCUUUAUGCGGCUGGGCAACCAGUGGCAGAAUCUGGGCAUGCUGCCACAGGCCCUGAACACCUUCAAGAUGGCUGCCACGCAUAGUCCCUUCCAGGCCCGACUGCACUGCGCGGAAUCCUUGCGGAAAGCAGGAAAGUACCGCGAGGCCAUCCGAGAAGCGGAGCAUGCCUUGAAGCGCGCAGGCGAGAAGGAGGAGCACUACGCGCGGGUCUUCCUGGGUAACUUGUUCUUCGAGGCUUCCGGCCAACACAAGCUCGCGAGCAAGGACAAUUACCUGAAGAAGGCCAUGGAAUGCUUCGUGAAGGCUGUGGAGAAGAAGAAGGACUGCUACUUCGCGGCGAACGGCAUCGGCAUGGUCUUCGCGCGGCGGGGGAAGCUGGACCUCGCGAAGCAGACCUUCCAGUCGGUGGUGCAGCACCAGGGCAUGAAAGACAAUGCCUCGGUGUACAUCAAUCUGGCCCACACCUUCAUGGGUACGCACAACAAUGACACAGCGGCCGUCAGGAAAGCCAUAUCCCUCUACCAGAUAGCGAAGGAUAUUGAGCCGGAGGAUGUCUCUGUCACUUUGUACAUCGCCAAGGCCUACCACGUCUUGGAGGAGUACGACGACUGCGGGGCCAUCCUCUCGGAGGCGGCGGCCUUUUGGCCCUUCAACCUGGUGGUAAAGCUCAACCAGGCCCUCAACUGGGAGGUCUGGGCACGGCACGACCUGUCACAAGACUGGCAGCAGAGCGGCAUCAGCCUGCAGGAAAGCCUCCAACGGGUCAAAGCAGCCCGGGACCACUUGGCCAUGGCGGCGCACGCCUGGGCCUUCAUCACCAGCGAGUGGAUCGGCAUGUCCGACAAGGAGCGGCAUGCCUUGGGCCGGGCCUCUGGCAAUUCGAAGGAGCUCCUAGACGUCAUGCGAGACUCAGAAAGCCGGGUGUCGUACUGCGAAGAGCUCAUGGGUCGGGCCGGCAAUGCUCUGACUGACCUGGCGCAUCAGCUGCGGGUGGACGACCUGCAAAUGGAGAAGAUCGCCAAGGAGAAGGAGGAGGUGAAGCUCGACCAUGAGCGCAGAACACACCAGGACUCGGAGACGGAGAAAGAGAGGAAAUUGGAAGCCGAAGACCAGGCAAUGCGGCUCAUGGAAGUGGGCAGACAGAUCGACCUGGGCCGAAACCUGGAGCUCUUCAAAGAAAAGACGCCCGCUGCCAAAAACAGCGCGCGCAAGAAGAAGAAGGGCGAGGAGAAGCAAGAAGGUGAGGAGAAGGAGCAGGAGCCCAAGGAGGAUGUGGGCGUCGUGGAUGCCUUGGAAGGCCUCUUCGAAGAUGAUGAGGUGCUGGUGGCGAGGCCACAGGAGAAGAAAGAGAAGAAGAAGAAGAAAAAGGACAAAAAGGAGAAGGACAAGGAUAAGGAGAAGAAAAAGAAGAAGGAAAAAAAGGACAAGAAGAGGAAGCAUGAUGAUGAGGAUGAGGAUUGA